GGAUUCAUAUGGAUUGACUUACUUGUGGCACUCCCUGCGUUCCAUAGCAUACAUUUGUCACGGAUGAGUGAAGUUUUCCUGCUGCAAUAUGCUCUCAAAUCAAACAGAGUAGGAAAUUUUGUAAGUUCAUCUUGCUCAUCAUUUGCAGUUUUGUUAUGAUUCAGAAAACAAAUUCAACAUGAUGAAUUACAGAAGAUUUUUAAACGCAAUAAGCGAGGCAAGGCAACCUUCCCCUUUGCGAGUACUUGCUGAAGUUAUUGACAGGAGCCCACCAACCACGAUUUCAAUGGCAAAUGGGAACCCAAAUAGUACAUUAUUCCCUUUUGAAGAAGCAUCUAUAAAAAUGAGAGAUGGAAGUUCCAUCAAAAUAGAUGCAAAUGAUAUGAGUAAAGCGUUGCAGUAUUCGCCUACGCCAGGUUUAACAGACUUGAAGAAAUUGCUGAUGACAAUGCAAAAAGAGCUGCAUCGACCUCCGACCUUGACCUCUACAGAUGAGAAUCAGACUGACUUAACUAUCACUACUGGAAGCCAGCAGGCCUUGUGUACAGCCUGUGAAAUGCUUCUUGCUCGCGGUGAUAAUGUUUUAGUUGGGUCACCUUUGUAUCCUGGUGCUGAGGUAAUGAUGAGGCCAUUGGGAGUAAAUUUUUUGGAAGUAAAGACAGAUGGUGAUGGUUUAUGUGUCGACAGUUUGAAACAAUCUCUCUCGAAAUGGACACCUGAUGAUAUCGAAUCCAGCCCUGAUGCUCCAAAGGUGUUGUACGUUGUACCAAACGGGGACAACCCAACAGGAGGUGGUCUGCCUCUACAUAGAAAGCAGGAUAUUUAUCAGCUGGCUCAGCAAUACAACCUUAUUAUAUUGGAAGAUGAUCCCUAUUAUUUCUUACAGUUUAAUAAGCCUAAAGUUCCGAGUUUCUUGUCUAUGGAUGUGGAUGGAAGGGUACUUAGGUUUGAUUCUUUCUCCAAAGUCCUUUCAGCAGGGUUACGGAUUGGGUUCGUAACUGGUCCUCAGGCAUUGCUGAAAAGAAUUAAUUACCAUCUAAUGGCGUCAGUUCUUCACGCCAGCGGUAUUUCUCAAAUGUUUGUGUAUAAAUUACUGGAGACGUGGGGUAUGCAAAUGUUUCUUGAGCACACUCAGUCUGUGGCUGAUUUUUAUGAGGCGAGGAGAGAUGUAAUGUUAGCAGCAGCAGACAAGUAUCUUAAAGGUUUAGCUGAGUGGAGUGUUCCGCGUGGUGGAAUGUUCAUUUGGUUCAAGUUACUUGGUGUAGAUGAUACUUACGAACUUAUAACUGAGAAAGCUAUACAGAAGGAGGUGCUCUUUGUACCGGGGAUAUCGUUCUGUCCGGACCGAUCAAAACCAUCAUCCCAUAUAAGGGCAUGUUACUCGCUAGCAACAGAUGAGCAGAUGGAUGAGGGAAUUAAACGCCUGGCUAGUUUAAUUGUUGAAGCUCAGAAAGAAACCAAGUGAAGUUUGGCAGUAUUAGAACCAGAGAUCAGGCCCGGGAUUUAUCAAUCUCAGCUUAGCAAAUGUCUCAAGUCAAAAAAGUUUAGAUGUCCCUAAGCAAAUACCUUAAGCUGAUUUAUCAAAGCAUCUUAGCAAAAUCUUAGCUUAAAAUCGUCUUAGACGGCGCAUUCGUACAAUUGACUCUUUAAUUUUAAGCAAUUUUUAAGCUAACCAAUAUUGAUAAAUUUGACUUAAGCAAAAAAUGGACUUAAGAUGAAUUUAAGCUGAUUUCUAGUUUGGCUGGCCCUGGCUCACAAAACUUAAAACAACCUAUAGGGCAUUUGAAAUCCAAUUCGCUAUACUCAAGUAUCAGAAAUAUACAUACUAUUCAUGAGUAAAUGUGGGUAGGUCUCUCUAAGCAGUGAUUGUGUGGUUUCCACAUACUAACAUACAGGGUAUUUAACUUAACUAUUAUUUGAUGUACUUAACCAUCUUGAUAUGGAAGUGGGGUAUUUAGGAUCUGCAACAUGAAUUGACCUUGUUGUUAUGAAGUGAAUGGAUUGACCUUAAU